CGAGGUACGCAUGCAAGUGUGUUCUGAUCUGAGGCAGAGAGCAUACAGUCGGGCAGCCUCCCGCUGCGACCGUUGACCACUUCGGGACUGUGCCUCCCAUCCCAGUGCCGUCAGAGCGGGAGUAGGUAGCCUCCGCUGCCAGUCCGUCUCAGUAGCUCUGACAUCCUUCCCGCAUGCCUGACUGGACAUACCGGGGCGCUAAGAACCUCGUAUUGAAGGUACAAAUGUGGGGGAUGGCUCCGCUAAGCUUGUUGCAGCGUAUUCAGCGCUCGAUUCCAACAUGUUCGUGCUCAAGCUAACCGCGCUCACUGGCCUCGCCGUGUUCGGUGUUUCCGCAGUGCCGAAGGCUGUCCAGCCUCGAGCUACCACCACGGACCCCGCGUGUCCCGUCGUCUACACCGAGACGUUCACCCAGACGCUCUCCAUCAUCGCGCCCACGACGACCGGGCCCUUCGAGACGACCACAUUCACGGACGUGCUGGUGAGCUACCCACUCGCGACCACGACGGAGACGCAGGUCGACGCCAACGGCAAGUCGUACACCGUCACUUACACGUACACGAACUGGGCAGACUCGCCGCCUUACCCGUCUGACUGCCACUGUGCGUUUCGUUUCAGUAUGUUUGACGCGGGGUCUCGGCAGUCACCUACCCUUCAUGAGCUGGAGAAUGGGGUCUGUAGGCGACAAACGCUGUUCGAGGCGACGCAAUGUGACUUGAUGGCCCAGAAAGAUAGCGGCAGUGCGCUCGAGAUCGUACCGGGUGGGAUUCAGCGCCGGGCAUUCGGGAGCAAUCGGCGAUGUGGCUUCGCCUCAGAAGUUGUCACACAUUAUCCGAGACGAUUGAGAGUCAUCGAUUCAAUACCAACCGGGACCAAGAGGGACUCUCUAGCAACGUACUCCGCACAACAGGCCAGCAACGGGACAGGGUGACAGGUUUGCGGCGGAACAGACGCUGCUAUCUAUAAAAAGGAACGUCAGCAUUGAAGCGACACGUGAACGAAAGAACGAAGUCCGGCGCACGGCAGCCGAUGCUCAAAAGUCCUUGGAUCCGUCUACAAUCAGCGGGAUAGGAUGAUGAACAUUCGUCCUCAGUAACACGAAGAAGGUAACUCACCUGUCGCGCCGUCGAGAACCUCCCGCGUUAGCGCUCUUUUUUUUUUUUUUGAGUGGAGGG